CUGGGCACCCCUGUUCGAGCAGAACACGAUGGUGGGGGAAUCCACCAAAGUUACUUAGACAAGUUCACCUCUAUGAUUCGGACAGUUGGUUAGUUGUGACCAUCUCGUACAAUCCUCUUAGAAACCAACUGUAGAUAUGGCGGAUAAGGAAAAGAAGAAGAAGACCAAAAAGAAGGAAGAGGCAGCUCCGGCGCCUCCUCCUCCAGAACCCGAGCCAGCACCGGCUGAAGAAAAACCACCAACCCCGACUGGUACCCCUAAGGAAUCUGGAUCCGCAAGGGCGAGCAGUCGUGGUAGCCGAAGGGCUAAGCGUAGCGGUUCCAGUGUCUUUUCUAUGUUCACUCAGAAACAGGUCGCUGAGUUUAAAGAGGCUUUCCAACUUAUGGACCACGACAAGGAUGGUAUCAUCGGUAAAAAUGAUCUACGUAUGGCCUUCGACUCGGUCGGUCGUCUUGCCACUGACAAAGAAAUCGAUGAGAUGCUCAAUGAGGCACCAGCACCUAUCAACUUUACCCAAUUGUUAAAUCUAUUCGCUGUUCGUAUGUCAGGAUCAGGCGCUGAUGACGAUGACGUCGUGACAAAUGCCUUCAAUACCUUCGACGAGAAUGGCAAAAUCGAUGGAGAAAGACUGAGGCACGCCUUGAUGACCUUUGGCGACAAAUUUACUGCGAAGGAAGUUGACGAAUCCUACGAUCAUAUGUAUAUCGAUGACAAAGGUUUCAUCGAUACACAAAGUCUUAUCGCCAUGUUAACCGGCACAGGCGAAGAAGAAGAAGAUUAAACUUAUAUUACUGACAUCCGGAAAAAGAAACACAUUAAAUUUCUAUUCAUUGCAAACGAAGUCUCUUGUUACGUCAGAUUCGCCGAGACCGUUUCUGAACAUAACGACAAAAA